UCUCGACAAUAAUAAUGGAAGAUGUGACUGGGGCUCAGCUCAUUGCAGAGGCACUAAAGCUCAGUCCAGGUGCCUGUCUGGUUGUGUCUGGACCGGGACUCAUCCAUGCACUUGGUGGAAUGGCCAACGCUAACAUGAACUGCUGUCCUGUGAUUGUUAUUGGAGGCUCCUCCGAUCAAAACCAAGAGACCACUGAGGCGUUUCAAGAGUUUCCACAGGUGGAGGCAUGCAGAUUGUACAGUAAGUUCUCUGCUAGGUCUAGCAGUCUGGAUAUGAUCUCCUCAGUGGUAGAGAAGGCAGCACGCACUAGCAUGUAUGGACGUCCAGGUGCUGUAUACGUAGACAUAUCUGGGGACAUGGUCAAUGCUAAAUUGGACAGGAGCAGAGCCAGAGAGGUGCCCUGUAGUCCACCUCCUCCUGUGAGUAUGGCUGACCAUAUGGCGAUCACAGAAGCACUGGCGGUCCUGAAAGGAGCCAAAUGGCCUUUUACUCAUCAUUGGCAAAGGUGCAGCCCAUUGAAGAGCAGAGGGGGCUCUGAAGGAGCUGGUGGAGGUGUGACCUGCCCUUCCUGCCCACCCCCAUGGGUAAGGGGUGCUGCCUGA